AUGGAAGAAACUGAGCAAUACCUCGAAAAAAGAAUUAAACAACACAAAUACGACUGCCGAAAUGAGAGACAAUAUACUGAGGAUAAAACUGCACUGGCUAAGCACCAUUUUGAGAAUGGCCACAAGUUUAGGUUCGGGGAUGUCAGGAUUGUGGAUGCAGAGAUUAAUGGUUACGAAAGAAAACUGAGCGAGAUGAUCCACAUAAGUAUGAGAGAUACAGUGAAUAUUAAAAAUGACACGGAUGGUUUAAGUAGUGUAUACAGGAUAAUCUACGUAGUUGCUGGAGUAAAAAAUCCAAAACUGAUCGUUGACGACUAUGAAUACCUGAUAAACAGGAAAGACCACGCAUCCAGAAAGACUAUGUGGCUUUGCUCGCAAUAUCAUAAAAUCAAAUGCAAAUCUAGAAUAAUUACUUAUGGAAAAACUGUUAAAAUUAAUUCCAGUCAUAAUCAUCCACCUAAGGUUCCUGACAAAACUCACGCUAUUCCCCAAAGCGUUACUAUUUUAAGGAACAUAUAAAUUUAAUAGGAAUAAUCUAUGUUCUACCGGGAAAAAAGAAUCCAAUACUUAUAGUUGCCGAUAACGAUUAUGUCGUAAACAGAAAAAUGGAAGGCAAAACAAUGUGGAUUUGUUCGCAGUACAAAAGAAGUAAAUGCAAGUCAAGACUGAUUUCGUACGGAACGACUGUCAAAAUUGUCUCGAGCCAUAACCAUGCUCCUGUUUUUCCUGAUACUUCGAAAGCUAUUUGCCAAAACGUUAAUUUCCUUUAUAAAAACUAAUAAACAUUUUCAUAUACG